AACUGGUUUGUAAUUCACAAUAAUUCCGAUUUCCCCACAUUUGCUUUGUUGGUCAUCGAUCCAAAUCAAAUUUUUCGCCUUUUUUAGGUUAAACAUUUUUUAAGAUAAUAUAUUAUUUAGAAUAUGAGCAGCGGAAAAAUUAUACGAUUAAAACUAAUUCCAGCAAGUGGUAAAAAUGUUGGAACGAUUUUUUGGUUUCAUGGAUCAGGUGAUUCAGGUGAUGGUUUUUAUGAAUGGAUAAAAUUUUUUAUGGGAAAUUUUUCUUUCCCCCAUUUAAAAUGUAUGUUCCCCACAGCCCCAAUCAGAUAUUAUACUCCAAGUAAUGGUGCACCUCAAAGCGUAUGGUUUGAUCGAAAAGAUAUUCUUCCCACCGUUGACGAAGAUUUAGAAACUUUAAAUGAUAUCAGUUAUGAAAUAAAUUCAUUAAUUGAUCAAGAAUUAAGUGUGGGAAUCCCUCUCAAUAAGAUUAUUGUUGGUGGAUUUUCUAUGGGGGGAUGUUUGGCGUUACAUACGGCGUUUAGGACUACACCUGGUUUAGGAGGAGUAUUUUCAAUGUCUUCUUUUCUCAAUAAUAACUCAAUAGUUUAUGAAGCAAUAAGAGAUCAUCCUGAAAAAGUUAUUAAUACUCCUUUAAUUAUGUUUCAUGGCGGAAGUGAUCAAUUGGUUGAAUUAGAAUGGGGUAAAGACACUUUCAAAGAAUUAACUAAGCUGGGUGUCAAAGGAACAUUUCAAGUUAUACCAAAUACGUUUCACGAGUUAAAAAAGGAUCAACUUAUUGACCUGUUUAAAUGGAUUAAUAAAAUUAUACCACCACCGAAAGAGGAAAUUUAA